AUGAAAACAAAAAGAUUUUCAGAAACUCUCAAUUCUGUUUGGCCUUGGAGUGAUAUUUUUAGCUCAAGCCUCAGAAAUUUCUCUGUAAGAUCUGGAAGAAUUCAGACUUUUUUUACACAAAAACCCAAAGAAAGCGAAAAAAAAAAUCAAAAAAUUCCGAAAUUUGUACAAAAAUCAAUAGAGACCGACCAAGAAGUUGAAGAAAGUCCCAAAAAAAUUGCUCGAUGUUCAGUUUCAGCACAGUCUGUAUAUAGCAAAAAUAAAAGCAUACUUAAAUCUCUAUCUGCUGUAAGUAAAAGCGAUGCGCCUUCUUUUUUAUCUGAUGAAACAAAUUUCAAAUACGAAACCUACUCAAGCACAAAAAUUCUAAAUGAGGUUUAUUAUUUCCCACAAUGAGGAAAGAUCUUGGCAAAACAUCAAAAAAAGAAGGCUACAAGAAAAACUCCUAGACUAUUGAGAAUUUUGCCAACAGAAUUCCCAUCUAUAAACGAAAAGUCACAAAACCAGACAAGAAAAAAAUCUAAAUUGUUUCAAUUUCACACAAUCUCUCAUAGCAAUCUUAGAGAAUCUUGGAAAAAAUGUUAA